AUGGCUAGACGUAUGAACCUGUUGACAAUUGAAAAAAACAUUCAGAAUUUAUGGAAGGAACAUAAUAUUUAUGAGAAAGAAUUUAUUGAUAUAAAUGAAAGUCGAUACACAGGAAAUUUUCCUUAUCCCUAUAUGAAUGGAUUACUACAUAUAGGACAUGCAUUUACAUUAAGUAAAUUGGAUUUUAUUGUUAGAUAUAAGAAUAUGAUAUGUGAUAAUGUAUUACUUCCAUUUUCUUUUCAUUGCACUGGUACUCCUAUUGUUGUGUGUGCAGAUAAAUUAAAGAAUGAAUUAAAUAAAAAGAAUAAAGAAGAUUUUGAAAAAAGUUCUUGUGAAAAGAAAGAAGAUGAUAAUAAUUCUAUAUGUACUUCAAUGAGUGAUGAUAAAAAUAAUAAUAUGGAUGAAAAUAAAUUAGUUGAUGUUACAGAUUCUAAUAAAAAAAAUACAGAUGUAACAGUAUUUCGAUCUAAUAAAAGUAAAGCUCAAUCGAAAGGAAUAAAACAGAAUACACAAUAUGAUAUUAUGAAACAAAUGAAAAUAAAAGAUGAAGAAAUUCAUCUAUUUCAAAAUCCAGAACAUUGGUGUUAUUAUUUUUCAUCAAAAGCUAAAGAUCAUUUAUAUUCUUUUGGAUUAUAUUGUGAUUGGAGAAGGUCAUUUAUUACAACAAAUAUUAAUCCUUACUAUGAUAAAUUCGUUAACUGGCAUAUUAAUACAUUAUAUAAAAAGAAUCUUAUUUAUUAUGGUAGUAGGAUUACAAUUUUUAGUAAAUAUAAUAAUCAAGCAUGUGCAGAUCAUGAGAGAUCAGAAGGAGAAGGAGUUAAGUGUCAAGAAUAUACCCUCAUAAAAAUUUUUGUUUCUAAUGCUAAAGAUUUUUAUAAUAUAUUUAUGAAGAACAUAAAAGAUAGGGAUUCUAUACAAAACGAUUGUAACAUAAAAAAGGAAACUAUGAACAAUAAAAUAAAUAUUCAAAUGGAUAAAAAUAGUAGUAAUAAAAGUAAUCAUCAUCAUAAUAAUAACCAUUGUGGUAGUAAUAUUUUCUUUACACCAUUUGAAAAGGAUGAAGAAGAUUUAAAAAAUAAAAUAUGGAAUGAAGAUUUUUUUGUAAAAGAUAAAAAAGUUAUCUUCCUUGGUAGUACCUUAAAACCAGAAACAGCAUAUGGACAGAAUUAUACUUUUAUAAAUCCUAAUGAAUAUUAUUAUAUAACCUUAGGAUUUUAUAAACAGCAUUUACAUUAUGGAGAUAAAAGUUAUGUAAAUAAUAUUAUGACAAAGGAAGAGAUUAUUGAAUGCUGUCCUAAUAUUUAUGUGUGUUCAGAAAAUAGUUUAUAUAAUUUAGCAUAUCAAGGAAUAAUACCCCUUUUAAAAAAUAAAAAAAAUAAAAAAAAUAUAAAAAAUGAACACGUACUAAUAAAGAGUGAAGAAGGGAAUCAAAAUAAUAAUAUGCAACAAAAUGUAAAGAAUAACAAUAUGGAUAGUAAUAAUAAUAAUAAUAAUAAUAUUAGUAGUAGUAAUAACAAUAUAGAUAGUGUUUAUAAUUUAAGUGAUAUUUUUAUUUUAAAUAAAAUAAAAGGAGAAGAUUUUGUAGGUCUAGAAACAUAUACUAAUAUGUCUAAGAUAAAAAAUUUAUAUAUCCUACCUAUGACUACUAUUAAAAUGAAUAUAUCAACAGGUAUUGUUCCUUGUGUAUCAAGUGAUAGUACUGAUGAUUAUGCUUGUUUAGAAGAUAUAAAAAAAAAGAAAAAUUAUUAUUGUGAAAAAUAUAAUUUAAAAGAACAUUAUUUAAAUAAUAUAAGUGAAUCUUGUAUAGAAUUACCAGAAAUAGGAAAUAAUAGUGGUAAAUAUUUUUAUGAAAAAGAAAAAGUUUCAUCUUAUAAAGAUGUAAAACUACAAAAAAUAAAAGAAGUCUUAUAUAAAAAACAAUAUUUUGAAGGAAUAAUGACUGUAGAUCCAUAUAAAGGUAUGAAAACAUUUAAUUGUAGAAAAAUAGCUAAACAAAGUAUUAUUAGAAAUAAUGAUGGAUUCUUAUAUAGUGAACCUGAAGUAAUGGUUAUUGAUAGAAAUAAUGUCAAAUGUAUAGCAGCAUUAUGUAAUCAAUGGUAUAUAAAUUAUGGAAAUCUUGAAUUUAAAAAAGAUGUUCUAAUACAGUUGAAGAAAAAUAAUUUUCAAACAUAUAAUGAGGUAUUAUAUAAACAAUUACAGCAUGUAAUUUUUUGGCUAGAUGACUGGUCGUGUAGUAGAUCCUACGGAUUGGGUACAUGCAUGCCACAAUUUAAUCAAAAUGAUGAAAUAAAUCAAGAUAAUGAAAUAAAUCAAAAAAAUCAAGAUAAUCAAGAUAAUCAAGAUAAUCAGAAUAAUCAAGAUAAUCAAGAUAAUCAAGAUAAUCAGAAUAAUCUUCACUAUAAUAACAAUGUUGAUAUAAUGAAGAACAAUUCAAGAAAAGAAUUAAUCGAAAGUCUAUCAGAUUCAACUAUUUAUAUGGCUUAUUAUACUGUUAGUCAUUUUUUACAAGGAAGUGUAGAUGGUCAGAAAAAAGGUUUAUUGGAUAUUAGUGCUGAUGAUUUGAAUGAUUCAUUUUUUGAUUAUAUUUUUGAUAUUAGUGAUGAUACAAGUAAUAUAUCUAAACAUAUAUCAAAAGAGAAAUUAUUAAGAAUGAGAAGAGAGUUUACAUAUUGGUAUCCAUUUGAUGUACGUAUUUCUGGGAAAGAUUUAAUUUUUAAUCAUUUAACUAUGGCUUUAUUUAAUCAUGUUGCUAUAUGGGGUAAAAAAAAAAAAUAUGAUAGAAAUAAAGAAGAUGUAGAAGAAAGAAGUAUAUUAGAUAGACAAACAGAAAUAUUAAAUGAAUUAGAAAAUAUGGAUUUAUCACAAUAUGAGACUAUAAAAUAUUUCCCACGUUCAUUUUUUUGUAAUGGACAUGUAUUAGUAAAUAAAGAAAAAAUGUCAAAAAGUAAAGGUAAUUUUAUAACUAUAGAAGAAAGUAUAGCUUUAUAUACUAGUGAUGGUACUAGAAUUGCAUUAGCAGAUGCAGGAGAUUCUAUAGAAGAUUCUAAUUUUAAUACAGAUACAGCUAAUAGUGCUAUUAUGAAAUUAUAUAAUUUAAUAAAUUUUUCUAUAGAAACUAAAAAUAAUGUAUAUAUAUUUAGAUGUGGUGAAAAAACAUUUAAUGAUUUAAUAUUUGAAAAUGAAAUUAAUUAUUUAACAAAUAAAUGUAAAGAAUCAUAUGAAAAAUUAUUAUUUAGAGAUGUUCUAAAGUAUGGUUUUUAUGAUAUGUUAUUAAAAAGAGAUACAUAUAGAAUGAUGUGUGAUAAAAUACAUAUGCAUAAGGAAACAGUCAACUUCUUUAUAGAAAGAAUAUGCAUAAUUAUUAAUCCUAUCAUUCCACAUGUAACAGAACACAUAUGGACUUAUAUUCUUAAAAAAGAUACUUUUUUAGUAAAACAAAAAUGGCCUACACUUGAAGAAACAAAUUAUUCUAUCGUUAUGCAUAAACAAAAUAAUAAUUUAUUGAAUGUUAUAGAAAUAUUUAAAAAAUCAUAUGAUAAAGUAAUAAAUAAGUGUAAUAAGCAGAAGGUUGUUAAGGAUAAAAAUCUAACAAAGGAUAAGAAGAAUGAAAAAGGUACAAUAAACAUAAUAAAAAAUGAUCAACAGAAUAAAAAGAAUAAUGAUAAAAAUUGUCAAAUACAGAAUAAUAUAUCUGUUGAUAUUAAAAAAGAAAAUAAUAAUAAUAAUAAUAUGACAAAUAACACAAACGAAAUAAAUCAUAUUCAUAAUAAUAAUAAGGAUGAUGGUGUGGAUAAUCUUAUAGAUGUAGAUGAUGAAGAAGGAGCUAAUUAUUAUAAAGAAGAUGAAGAAGAAAGAAUGAAAUUUAAAGCAAUCGUAUAUGUAGCAAGAGAAUAUAAUGAUACACAAAAAAAAAUUAUAGAAAUUUUAAAUAAUAUUAUUAAUAAUAGUAAUGAUAAAAAAUUACCUACUAAUUAUAUAAAUCUAUUAGUUCAAAAUACAUAUGUAAAUAAUUUACCAAAAAAUGAAAAAAAAGAUAUAUUAAGCUUUGCAACCUUUUUAGUAAAAGAUAAUGUCACUCUAAAUAAUAAUCAAUAUGAAUUGUCAUUACCAUAUGAUGAAAUACAAUUAAUUAAAGAUAAUGUAGAUUUUAUAAAAAGAAGUCUCAAUCUAGGUGAUAUACAAGUAUUAGAAAAUUAUAAAAAAAGUGAAAUCGAUAAUACAGAUAUUUUUAAAAUGUCAAAUCCAGGAAAUCCAUCCAUAUAUAUAUACAACACAGAAACAUAA